AAAGGAGCAGCUACUCAGGUGUUCUCAAUGCAAAGUUGCAAGAUACUGUGGUGCAAGCUGUCAGAAAGAAGCCUGGCUGGACCAUAAACGGGAAUGCAAAUGUAUUAAAGAUAUUGACCCUAAUUUUCCUCCUGACUCAGUGAGGCUUGUUGGCAGGAUUAUUUUCAAAGUAUUAAGGCAAUCGGUAUGCCCAUCUGAAGAGCUGUAUUCUCUUUCUGAUCUUCAGUCAAAUGUUGAUGAAUUGAGUGAAGACAUGAAAGAGGGUCUUAGGCAUCUUGCUAAGACUCUGCAGCUGUAUUUGACGGUGGAAAUCCAAGAUGUUUCUCAGCUUUUGCCGGCCUUAGAUAUUUUUCAGAUCUUUGCAAAAGUGACCAGUAACUGUUUCAGCAUAAGCAAUGGAGAAAUGCAAGAUGUUGCUGUUGGACUUUAUCCCAGCAUGUCCUUGUUGAACAACAGUUGUGAUCCUAAUUGUGUGGUCAUCUUUGAGGGUCCCCAACUCCACCUUCGGUCCGUUCGGGAAAUGCAAUUGGGAGAAGAGCUCACCAUCAGUUAUACUGAAACUAUAAUGCCCACUCUGGAACGUCAGCAGAAUCUGAAGCGUCAGUAUUGUUUUGAAUGUGAUUGUGCCAUGUGUUCCACACAAAGCAAGAAUGGGAGCAAGUUCUGUUGUCCUGUCAGACGUUACUGAAGAGGAACACCUCUCGUCUCCCAGACACCAACAUAUAUCAGCUAAAAUUACUUGACCUUGCCAUGGAUGCCUGCAUAAACCUGGGCCUUUGGGAAGAAGCUCUGCAUUAUGGUAACCGAACUUUGGAGCCCUACCGGUUUUAUUAUCCCGGCUUCCAUCCUUUGAGGGCUAUCCAGAUGAUGAGAGUGGCCAAGUUGCAGUUCCACCAGGACAUGUUCUCUCAGGCCCUUGAAACCCUGAAACAGACUUACGAUCUUAUGAAAGUAACCCAUGGGAUAGAGCACAGCUUCAUGCAGGACCUGAUGAUACUUACAGAAGAGUGGGAGGCUAGCAUGCUAUUAAAAUAAAGAUAAAGAUGAUGCGCAACCUAGCAGGACAACAAAAAAGAGACUCCGAAGAAAACAAGUAUCUUCCUCAGCCAAACAUAUGGCAGUAAAAUCGUCAUAUAUAUUGAGUAGAUUUCCUUUGAUGUGAACACUGCAAAGAAAAAUAGUCUGAUUGUUUUGUUAUGUAAGCUGCCCAUUAUUACUUUUGCUAAUUCUACAAAUGAAAAUUUUCAACAGUCAGUAAUUCCAGCAGGAACUGCUUCCUGCUGAGAAGUGGGUUGAAAAGACACCAGGAAAAUUCCAAGCUACAAUUUGGUUGUAAUUGAAAGUAUAGGGAAUGCUAAUUCAUGUAAGUGCAUUAUUAGAUGGGUAUAAAUUAAGAAUCAUACAUCCAAAUACAUCAUACAUCCAAAUUACAAAUAUUUAAAUUUUAGUUUCAUCAGUCUCCUUUUGCCUUAUCCUAAAUUUCUCCCUCUUUUUUGAAGUGUUGUCAUUUCCAGGUAUGCAAUGAUUUGCUUUGUUUAUUUUAGAUGUAUUUUUAUCCCCCUUUUAUUGAUUUUUAUGAAUAAUUCAAGAUGAUAAACAUAGCUAAUAUUUCCUUCUCCUGUUUUCCCACCACAACAACCCUGUUAGGUGGUUGAGAGAGAAUAACUGGAGUCUGGACCAAAGUUACCGAGCUGGUAUUCAUGCCUAAGGCAUGACUAAAACUCAGUUUCCUUGCAUUUCAUAAUCCUUGCAUAUUAGUUGCAUAGCAUGCUUAUUGUUCGAUUAUUAAUCAUGGAAACUACAGAUCCAACCUAGAUGCAAACUUCUAACAGUGUAAUUUGUUAGUGAUUCUGAGUGAUUCUGCCCUGAGUGAUGUAUCAGCAUCAGAGAAGGAGGAGAGAGG